GAGCUUACAUACAAGACAACCCGAGACCAACAGGCGCAGGAGGCAGAGCCAGCGUCGAGAGUCCGAGGAGACACCGUCAAAGUCAUAUUAUAGACGCAGAGGAAGGUGCAGCGGACCAAUUCUGGAGAUUUGACCGAUGAUCGCACUAUGGGAGCGCAUACAGGACUUCCUCGCCACCCCCGAUCCGUCGCCUCAGAGACAACGCACGAUCCAGCGGACUCGAGAAGCACUCGAUGUCAUCAAGGAAGCGCAUUCACGGUACGGCACAACGAGACUGGCCAUUAGCUAUAAUGGUGGCAAGGAUUGCCUUGUCUUGCUACUCCUCCACCUAGCCGUUCUCGAGCACGCGCUCGGUGAAGCGCGUCCGGCGGUGCAAACAGUCUAUGUAACGAUUCAAGAUCCUUUCGAGGAGGUGGAUGCGUUUGUGCAGGAAUCAGCGAAGCGCUACGACCUGCAAGUCGAGCGCAUCAAUCUACCCAUGAAGGAAGCAUUUGCCACAUACCUCGCUGCGCAUCCGUCAGUUGAAGCAGUACUAGUAGGAACACGGCGCGGUGACCCGCAUGGUGCAAAACUUACGUACUUUGACAUGACAGACCAAGGAUGGCCGCAAUUCAUGCGCGUCAAUCCCAUCAUUGACUGGACGUAUCCUGAAAUCUGGGACUUUCUGUUGGCGAUGGAGGAGCCUUACUGUGUGCUCUACGAUCGUGGUUAUACAUCACUGGGCGGUACGGGCGAUACUUUGCCUAAUCCUGCUUUGUCCAAGGACGCCAAUCACACAUACCAACCUGCAUGGGCGCUCAAGAAUGGAGAUGAAGAGCGGUUGGGCAGGGAAGAGGCGAAAAGGCAGCAGAAGCCAGAAGUCAUGGCGCGUAAUAGACGAACGUCCAUGGACCAUACUCAGCAAAGGCCAAGAUAGCCCCUUGUACAAGCCUUCUUCAUGUCUUUUUGCCAUAUGACACUUUGAGCUGUUGUCCACUCAGCUGCAAUCCACGCGUGCCUUCUCUCGCUGCAAUGGCAUCUUGAUCGGUCUUGUAUUCAACAAACGCGAUGCCCUUCCUGCCUGGUACCAUGCGCACCUCGCUGAACCCAGCGUACCGUGAA